AUGUCGCGCAAACAAGACGAAGACCUCCUCGCCCAACUCGACGCCCUGUCGAACGAAUCCCCCGACACCCCCUCCACAACAAAGCAGUCCUCCACCAGAGCAACCACCAACACCAACGAUGACGAUGACGACGAUGGCGCCUUCGCCCUAGAAGCCAUCCAAGCCCAACUCGCGACCAAACGCGCCGCCGCCGCUGCUGCCGCGUCUAGUGCGCAGCCUGCUUCCUCCACACACGCUUCCCGCCCUACCACUCCGCGGCUAAGCUCGAGCACGACGUCUGGCGGCACGAACAAGAGCCCCAGACGCGCGGAGCACACGCCUGCCUCUUCCGGGCCGCCGAGUGGGAGGAAUAGCGAGGAGAGGGCGAGGGGCGUUGCGGCGAGGAGUAGUGGUGAUGGAGGGAGGAGUUAUCAUCAGAGUUUCGUGCCGGGGGAGGAGCCUUUGCCCGCGCCCGCGCAGCAGAAGGCGGAGCAGCAGCAGCAGAAGAAGAGCGGAGGAGGCUGGUGGGGGAGUAUGUUCAGCGCUGCUACGGCGGCUGUGAGCCAGGCGCAGAACUUGGCCAAGGAGAUUCGCGAGAAUGAGGAGGCGCUCAAGUGGGCGGAGCAGGUGAGGGGGUAUGGAGCUGGCUUGCAGACUUUGAGCACCGACAUCCGCUCCCGCGCCCUGCCCACCUUCAGCACCCUCCUCUCUCACAUCGCCCCUCCCAUCGCCGCACACGAACGCCUCCAAAUCCACACCACCCACGACAUCCUGCACUACCCCUCCCUCGACCCCCUCAUCUACUCCACCUUCUCGCGCAUCAUGUCGCAAGUCGAAGGCGGCGACCUGCUCGUCAUCCAGCGCGGAAGCGAGAACCGCUCCCGCAGCGGCUCUUCGGAGGGCUACAGGGGGAGUGUGCUUGGGGGCACCUCUGGCGGCUGGGCGGACGGGCCGUGGUGGCGGGACGAGGGUCAGAAGCGGGAUUUGGGGGUUGUGAGGGGAUUAAAAGAGGGGAGCAGGCUGGCGAGGGUGAGUGCGGAGAGCUAUGCAAAGGAGUUCUUUGAUGCUCGAGGCGGGGUGGAAGAGGCGGCGCGCCGGGCACUGGAGGGCGAGAGCCAGAGCAAUCCCGUGCGGAGCUCGGAUAUCUUCCUCGCGAUCCAGGCCGUGGGCUAUACCGCCGAAGCGGACCUCUUCGCAGGCGACGCUCACGAAGCGGGCGUGAAGAAAGCCGAGACCGCCGGCGUCGUGGAGCCCGAAGACUCGGCGGAAGACCUCGUCUGCUUCGCCAUCUACCUGCACGACCCCCUGCACUCCCUCUCCUUCAGCUCGCUCUCCCAGCCUUUCCCGCAAAAGUGGGUGGGCUGGCUGGACGCGGCGGCGUCGGCAACGUCAGAUGACGGACUGCCGGAGAGUAUUGUGGAGAUGAUUGAGGCGGGCGGCGUGGAUCCGCGCGAGUGGGUUGCGGAGUGGAUGGAGGAGGUUCUGGUGCUGGUUGUUGGUGUUGUGGCGCAGCGGUAUGUUGCGCGGAGGAUGGGGGUUGGUGAGGGGGGGCUAGGGAAGGGGAAGAGGAGGGUGGAGGAGAAUGAGGUUGCCGGGGAGGCGGCGAGGGCGUUAUGA